AUAAUUAUUUAUUUAUUGAAAGAUUCACUAGACUCCUUAAAAAAAUUGUCUGAUUUGACUUGGUAUUUCAUCGCAGCCAAGGGACUUGGGAGAUGCCUAUCAGAAUUUGUGAGAAAACUAAAAACUAAAUUUUUGAGUCCAAUGUUUGAGAGUGGAAAGUAUUAUUUUUCGUAAAUAAAUUAUUGUACAGGAGUUUUACUUCUACCUUGAAAACGACAUGUUGCGUUCUGUGCAAAAAUGUAUUUCCACGCGGUGAAUCAUGCAACUCUUUAAAAUCGAAAUGAAUUUGAUCUGAGCCCCUCUCCCUAUUUGGGAAAUUGGGUCCUUUUUUAAGGAAAUGAUGUAGCGUCCGAGGUUAGCCAGUAUUUCAGUAUUAACCUGAGUGGUAACGUCAAGUGUUGAAACGCGCUCUCCUUGGUUCAAGACCUGUCGGAUGUUGUAGGGGCAAUACUUUUAUUGCAGGGUUUUUAGAUCUUAGAUCGAAAGAUUUUUUUUGGUGAGAGAAAAAGCCGCUCGCACCUAUGGAGAGUUGUGGACAUCGAGUAACAAUCAUGUGUUUCUGUUUCUGCUUGCUUGUAACUGUAUCUGUGGCUGAGAUAUUGCCGUCAAUUCUAUGGAAUUCUGAAAAUCCAAUGUUUGAUAACCUUCAUGAAAGGACCAGAAAUGUCAUGGAAUUUGACCAGCUCUCAAUUAUUUGUCCCACCCUGGUGGACUACCCCAUCAAAAGAACAACUACUUAUUUGAAAGACUUGUUGUAUGAAAAUGUAUAUAUGGUGGACAAGAAGGGUUAUGACAAGUGUAAUGCAACAGGAGGACUCAGUGUUUUAUCCUGUAAUGAUCCAGUGGGACACAUUUAUUACAGGGUUGUAUUUCAACCUCAUACCGUUAAUCCAAAUGAUCCAAAGUUUGAGAAAGGAAAAGAAUACUACUUUAUAAGUACUGCAUCAGGCUCACAAAGCUCAUUGACAAACACACAGGGAGGACACUGUAAUUCAGGAAUGAAGAUGAAAAUAUAUGUCUGUGAAAACAGCUCUGACCCAAGGUGUCCAAGUGGAAACAAUGUUGUUAAUGGUGGAUGGUCUGACUGGAGUGAAUGUUCAAAUGGUCUUCAAAGACGAAAAUGUAACAAACCUACCCCAGCGAGUGGGGGAUUACUAUGUGUUGGUGCUGAACAAAGAUCAUGUCCGAAGUUGAUGUCUGGAGGUGCAAGUAAAAAAGGGUUUGACUAUCCCACUGUGGAUGGUCAAACAUCAACUACACAAGAUAAUUCUGGUGAUAAAUUGCAGUUGAACAUAGGAUUGUUUGUCGGAAUAUGUUCUAUUGUAUUCAUAUUUGGGAUCUUCGUUGGUGGAAUAAUUGCUAUUUUAGUACGUAGAGUUUCUAGACGCAAGUCAAAAACAAACACCCAUAUUACAAGAGUUCCUAGCAAAUUAACUGGUUUCUCUCGUCCAAAUUAAACAGUUUCCACAUUAUCCACAGUGAGUGAGAGUGCACAAAUGGUGCAAACAUAACU